GACACACACCUCUGACAGAGGUGAUGUCCGAGGAAGGUGGACGCGGACAGGCCGACAAGAUGGAGCAGGGAGAUACAGCUGAGGUUGUUGUGGAAGAGGCCGGCGAUCAGGCCGAGCCAGAGACGGAGGAGCUGAAGCAGAAACUGAAUGCGGAGACGGCGGAGAUGUGGAGGGGGAGGAGGAGGAGGAGCGCAAGGCGGCACUGGAGGUUGCCGAGGGCGCACCCGCGGCUGCGGUGGUGACCUCGGAUGGAGUGAUGCUUGAGGGAGUGGACAUGGGUGUUGGUGGAGUUGAUCCGUUUGCCCUCAAGGUGGACGAGUUGGAUGCGUCUGUGGGCGACGCCGAGGCUGCGAGUGGCGACGACGACGGCGGGGCCACGGAGAGCGGGCGGGUGCGAAGCCGCUCCGAGUCGAGCUCAGCGGGAUGGGGCGACGAGGGUGGCGAGGAGGACGUGGACGAGGUGGAAGACGAGGCCGAGGCGGAAGUCGAGGACGAUCCGCGAAUGGCGCUGCUGACGCGGGUCAUUGAUCUCGACCGGCCUGUGGCGACCAACGAGGCUGUCGAGUUCUUCUUCCAGGAGGGCAUGGCGGAGAACCUCAUGUCAUUUGUGCAUCGGUGUGGACAAGGAGGGCGAGAUCGACAGCAGCGCAGCAGUUCGGGACGGUCAAGCGUACGUGUGCGGAGCGAGAGUGUUGGCUCGAGCUCUGCGGGCGGCGCGGGACGAGUGACGCUCCGAGGAGCGCACACUGAGGCGUACCGAGCACGCGAAUGGACAGCUGAGGAUCCGAUGCGGCGAUCGUUCCGGGUUGUUUCGCUGUUGGUCAACCCGACCGGGGCGAUGACGCGGUUUAUGAAGGUCAAGCUCGAUGUUCUCAUCCACGAGCUGUUUCGGGUGUUUGAGGCGGACUCUGAGGGCAACUUUAACCACUUUAACUGCGUGCUUGUGCACAUGUUGCGACUGUACCCGGACCGGGUGCUGCAGGCUGUGACGAGCGCGGGGUAUUUGCUCCGGAUGCUGCCGUAUGUGCACGUGCCUGUUGUGUCAACGUCGAUGGUGUACCUAUUGACAACGACGGGUUCGGGAGAUCUGCAGCAUCGACUGUAUGCGUCGUUUGUGUCUUCUGGGGGAGUUCAAGCGCUGCAUGACAUGCUACUGGGGCUGGACGACGUGGCGGACAUUGAGCCUGCAGCGGAGUUUCUGACUCGGUGCACGUCUGCACUUGCGGCGGAGGAGCCUGCCGAGCUUCUGUGGUCGUCGCUGGCGCAGCAGAGCGGGCUCAUUGCUGGCGCUGUAGCGGUGAUGGCUGGCCUGCAUCCCGACGAAUUGGACUUUGAGCGGCUGGCGCGGUCCGGGACAGAGCUGGGAGGUUACGAGCCGAGCGAGUGCUCACCGGCGACGCACAUGUAUUCGCUGGCGUCGCGACGGGCACUGGGUAACCUUGUUACUGCACUUCUUGAGGGAUCCAUGCGUGUGAUGACGGCGCCAUCACCGCUGGCGUUGAUGGGGUUUUCAGACCCGGACGCACCGCCGCCAGUUUCACGGAUGGCCUGCAUGCUCCACUCGCUCUGCACUCAGCUUGUAGAGCUUGUGCCUGAGCUUGAGCGCGGGUUCGUCAACACGCCGCUGGGCGGGCCGCGCAAGUACUCUGCUUACACGGUCGACGCCACGUUCUCGGAGCUGCACAUGGACAUUGUGCUUAUUCUCGCCAACUUGGUGUCGAUGGUCCCAGAGCGAGUGCUUGACAAGUUGACGCCACUGUUCUGGCGGGUGGCGUCGAAGCACUUUCUGGCUCACCCGCACAACAACGUGUACCACGCGCGGUUCUUCCGCAUCUUUACCGGCAUCCUCACCUCGUCAUACUACCAAGACGAGACGCUUGGAGCGCUGCUGGGCGGCUCGGGCGGCUUUCUCGAUGCCAUGAUCGAGCAUUAUGUCAGCGGUGGCAAGACGUCCGCUCGUGGCUUCAUCGUGACGAUGCUCAAUGUGCUCCGGCUCAAGGCUGACUCGCAGCCCGCCGACGCGCCUCUGCCGUCGCUGCUCGCCACCUCAGAUGCGUACUGCGAGUUCUUGCCGACGCUGGAGAGCGUGACGCGGGCGUACACGCUGCGUGCGUUCCCCGACAUUGCGCGCGUGGCGCCGCAUGUCUAUCCCGGCAUUUCGCCCUCGACGGUGACGUACACGGCCGAUGGGCACGAGCUCGGCUCGUCAUUUGCCUCGUUGCUCAAGAUGGAUCGCGCCAAGCCGCAUCCACAGCGGGCUCAUCUUCGCAAGCGGUAGGCGGGAGGCUAGGCGGUGACGAUAGACCAGGUGUGGUGGUAAACGCGUCCAUAGCCGA